AUAUUGGACCCCAAGACUUCAAGGAGGAUAUUCGAACUUGCACAAGAUCAGCAGAAUGAACUGAAAUCUGACCAGGAAGAAGAGGUUACGGCGCAUGAUGAACAAAUGGAAGGUCAUGAUGAGGACGAGGAAACUGAUGAUGACCAACUCGAUUUCGACAUUUCGCCGAAUGAUGAACUAGCUGAGGAAGAGUUUGCUCUGGACGUUAUGCUACCCUCUAAUGUUAGCGAGCGGAAGACUUUAGCCGAUCUGAUAUUUGCAAAAUUGGAUAGUGGCGAAAUAUCGACCACAGCCGCAAUCCAAAAGGUACAUCAAGACCGUAAUGCGCCAGAUCCUGCUCUUGGUCUCAAUCCGCAAGUUGUAGAGGCGUAUACCAAGAUUGGUUUUUUUCUUCAAAAGUAUAGAGCGGGCGCUCUACCGAAACUUUUCAAAGUUAUACCAUCCCUCCCUGCUUGGGCGCGCAUGCUGGCGCUUACACACCCUGAAAAUUGGUCACCCCACGCCUGCCGCGCUGCAACGAAAAUCUUCAUUUCAAACAUGAAACCUGCUCAAGCACAAUUAUUUUUGGGAGUUGUCCUGCUUGAAGCUAUCAGGGAAGAUAUUCAACAAAACAAAAAGCUCAACGUACACUACUACGCGGCACUAAAGAAAUCGUUAUACAAGCCAGGCGCGUUUUUCAAGGGGAUAAUCUUUCCAUUGCUGGAUCAAGGGUGCACUCUCAAAGAAGCUACUAUCAUUGCCUCUAUACUCGCUCGGACCAAAGUACCAGUUCUUCAUGCCUCUGCAGCACUGCUUCGCAUCGCUGAAAUGGAUUAUUCCGGACCAAAUUCAUUGUUUAUCCGUGUCCUAAUUGACAAAAAGCUUGAAUUGCCCUACAAAGUUGUGGACGCCCUUGUGUUCCACUUCAUCCGCCUUUCAAACUCUCGAGGCGAUGCAGAAAAGCUACCAGUCCUGUGGCACCAAAGCCUGCUUGUUUUCACACAAAGAUACGCGUCGGAUCUAACUCCAGAUCAAAAGGAUGCCCUCCUCGAUGUCAUCCGCGCUGCACAGCACCCACAGAUCAGCGCCGAAAUCAGAAGGGAGCUGGUGAAUUCUGUGGAAAGGGGUGCGCCAAGAACCGAUGUGGAUAAGGAUGUAGAAAUGUCAUGA